AUGUCUGCUCAGUAUGACCGUGGCAGUGAAGUUCAAACUGGCAUCCUGUGUGACAGCCCCUCUGAGAACGACCCAUUUCAUACCUCCAGCUCUAGCCAGAAAGACCCUAGCGCCAUGCCCAACACGUUCCCUGGUGGCUCCUCUGAUGGGUUCUCUUCUGGGGGUUUGGAUAACUCUUGCGGUGCCGAACAUGAAGCGUCCUCCAUCGAUAACAUUGAUACGAGGCCAAAGUCUCCACCCGCCUUGUUCAGCCCAUCUUCCGAAGAGAAUUACGACAUCGAAUUUAGUAGUACACCGGACAUGUCCGCCCAGUAUGACAGUGAUAGUGACACUCAAACCGUCAUCCUGUGUGAUAGUCCCUCCGGAAAGGAUAUUAGCAUGCUUCACAUCUCCAGCUCUAUCCAGGAAGAGCCUAGCACCAUAUCCAACACGUCCGCUGAUAACUCCCACGAUGAUUUCUCUGAUGAUUCCUCUAUUGGCUCCUCUGAUUGGUACUCUUCUGCGGUUUCGGAUAGCUCUGCCAGUGCCAAAUCCGAAUCGUCCUCCAUCGAAAGUUUUGAUAAAUCGUCUCAGCAUGAUGCUGAAUCAGAGGAGGAGGAGGAGGAGGACCGCCCGACAGGCUCCCAAGUCCUAGCAGCAUACGCCUCUCCUCUUCGAGAUGGCCAGCGUGUUCGGACCAGCUGCGAUAGUAUUCACGACCCGGGCCAGUGGCAGGUCGAUUCAGAUGGAUUCAUCAAUGAGCAAAAUCGCGCUGGCGGGCCAUAUCUCUGUUCCCUACCCGUGACAAUUUUCAAUCUGGACGGAAAGUCCCCUUUAUGGACAGUUUUCGAAACCAUCAGCCUUCAUAAAAUGAUCCUUUCGGUUCUUGAGCAGUAUAAAGUCAAUGCAACAUCCAUCAAGAUCAAAAAAUGUCAAUACAAAUACUGGCCUCUAAAGGUUAAGGAACCCGCGCCGACUUUGAUCAUUACUGCAACUCGUGACACAUUUAGCGACACUUGGGUACAAGCCUGUCGCCAAAUCUGGCAAAAUCUAUCCGAAAACCAGCUUGGUCACAUCAAUGUCGAAAUCACGAUCCCAAAUCCUGACUUCCCAUUUCAAUUUUGGCCUUUGGAGUCGGAACACCCCUAUUCUUUGAUAUAUCUUCAAGUGCACGCAAGAAUCAUAAAGGAGCUCCAGCUUAAACAUUGGCUUGACUUUAAUACAUUACGCAUCGCAACAACCUCAGAUGUGAAGGACAGCGAGGCGUUUUCGUUACUGGGUGUGCAUUUCCAGAGCGAACAAGACUGGCGCGGUCUCCGAGAACAGAUAAUUUCAAUUUUGGAAGAGUGCAAACUUCCAAUGGUGGGCGUCAUGAUCCAAAAGGGCAAAAGGUGGGGAGGAGGAGCUGAGGAUUACUCGCUGGAAUAA